UCGAGGCUGCGUGAAGCUAUUUAUUUACAUGAUUAGGUAUAUGAUUUUCUAAUGAAAAUGUCAGCUUACGAAGACUUAAUUCUUGUAAAAAAUUAAUCACAUUGAGAGCUUGAAGAUAAAAUUUAUUAUUAUAUUUUAAUUUUUAAACAUGUGUUAAGACUAUAGAUAUAUUGAUGCGCAAUUUUUCAAGUAUAUUUCCUUUACUGCAUUUGUUACUUCCUGGAAGUUUUAAUAUAUUUUGAUUUAGAAGUUAAAAAAGAAUACAUGUGCUUUUAGGUUUAACACUAUUCUUUAAAUGGUUUUUUCAUUAAAACUAACAUUUUUGAGGUAACAUAAAAAUUCAUGUCUCCACUUCCUUUACUUAAACUUGGUACUCUUGUUGUUAAACAACUUUCUAAACCGUUGGCAAAUGCUAUAAAAAGUACAGUUAAAGAGAACCCCAGGUUUGCCAAAACUGUUGCAUUACCUGCUCAAGCUUUUCAUAUUAUGGAGCAGAGAGUUCGAAUGGCAGGGUUUGGUUGGAAAAAUAAGGUUGAAGUAAAACCUCUUAAUGAAGAUGCUGCCGUUAACCUGGGAGCAGAAAUGGUUGGGGAGUUUGUUAUAUUCUCAUUAGCAGCAAUUUGCGUUAUUUUGCAAGUCGUGUACAGUAAAAGGAGCGAAAAGCGAAAAGAAGAAGUACUAAACAAUAAGCUGGUUUCUCUUCAAGAGCAAAUUUUACAACUUAAUGUAGAAAAAAGCGAGUUUAAACAAGAGAUUAGUAAUUUAAAAGAGUCUAUACUAUUGCUUAAAAGUGUAAAAGUAGAACUAAAUAGCAACUAAUAAAAUUUUUAAACUGUG